AUGUUGCCAUCCCAAGAAUUACUUGACAAAUUUAGUGUUGAAAUAUUUGAAAAAAUACUUCAAUAUGACUUUACUUAUUUAAACGUAAGUAUAAAUACCUAUCCAUGCGAUUACUUUUCAAAUACAAUUGUUAUAUUUAUUUAAAUAUUAAGGGUUAUAAUGGAUUAUAAUGAAUGAAUAAUAAUGUUAACUAAUAAUAUAUAUUUAUUAAUUCAAUUUUCCGGCUUGCAAAUAAAUAUUUAUUUUAUCGUAAUCUAUUACAUUUCAUAAUUAUUCUUUAUGUUUUAAUCAAAUUAAUUAUACAAUUAAAAUUAUUUAAAGUACUAAUAAUGUAUUUUUUUAAAAAAACAAUAUUUAUUUAAUUUACAGGAUUUUAAUCAUUUUCUUCAGAAAAUUGAUUUAUAUGGUGUUGACUUUUGUACUAAACAUCUGAAAUAUCAAGAUUUUUGUAAAAACAUCCAUCUUAAACUUAUUGACAUUAUUGUAAAUGGAAAACAAUCAUCUGAUUAUCAGAAUUUGGUUCCUCAAAUUUUAUAUCAAACAUUAUAUUUAAGUCAACAAAUUAUAAAAGUAGAACAGUUUAAUAGUACAUUAGUAGUAGAAAACAAAUGGACUUUUCCUAUUAAAACUGAAGAUGUAACAGAUAAUGGUACUCAUAUUGUACAUUUCAUAAGUCUUGGGAAAAAAUUCAAAUUGCCAUUAGAAAAAUACGAUCAAUAUUGUUUACAAAUUCAUAUUGGUGCUAUUAAAUGUUUGCAGUUUGAAAAAAAAAUUGAUUUUGUGGUUGAUUCAAUUGAAAAUAUUUGCGAUUUAUGCUUUCGUCAUAGUAAAGUAAAUUUAGAAGCAUUAAAACAUUUAACAGAAUGUGUUUCGGUUAUAACAAAAAAACACUGGGCAAUUUGUUCAACAUUUAUAUAUAAGGUUCUAAUGGGUCUUAUGAAUCAUCAUUUACCACCGAUUCAUGAUCAGUGUAUUCUUAUAUUCAAAAAAUGUUUAGACCUUGAAGAUUUAAAUUUUAUAUUAAAAACUAUCAUGACAGAAAUGUCAUGGUCCUUAAGGAUUAAGUUUUAUAUGUUAACUGUUAUUACUUCAAAAUAUGGUGUAAAGAAGGUAAAUUUUAUUUUACCUAUAGCGUGAUUAAUCUAUCGCAAGACACUCAUCUUGAAAAGUAUUCCCUUUUUUUCGGAAUUUGUUCUAUAGAACAUUUAGGAAACAAGCAGCUUUACAUUUUUACAUUUAUGUUAGUUUUGGGAGUAAAACCACUAUUUACUUUUGAUUUUCAAAUGACAACGUAUACUAAAAAUUCCAUAAAUUGAUUCAUUGACAAGAUAUUCUACUUUUAAGAUUGUGUCUGGGGAGAGUAGGGGAGUAUCAUUUGUGUGACACACAUUGUGUGGCGUUUUAAUAAUAUACCACUACUCUUUCCCAACCCAAACUUAAAUGUGAAAUAUCUUGUCAAUGGAUUGAUGGAAAUUAAAAAUUCAACACCAAAUUUUAUUUUAACUAAUACUUCAUCUAUUUAUAAAAUUUUUAAUAUAGGUACCAUUUGAAAAUCAAAAGUAGUUAGUGGUUUUACCCCCAAAAGUAGGAGUGACAAAAAAUAACAUAAAUGUAAAGUUGUAGAGCUAUUUGUUUCUUAAAUAUUCUAUAAAACAAAUUCUGAAAAAGUUGAUACUUUCAGAAAUAAUGAGAUUCUUAUCAUAGAAUGAUCACUCAGUAUAAUUAAGCUCAAAAAUAAUAUACAUUUUGUAUUAUUUUAGAUUUUAGAAAAGUAUGAUAUUUUAUCAAUUUCAAUGUGGAAGUGCUUAAAUGAACCAUAUUUACUGUCCCCUUGUAUUGAUCUCUACAAAGUAUUUAUUAAAAAUUUGAGUGAAGAUGAUUACUCUACUUUAGUUAUGCAACCAAUUAUUCAUUUUCUGACUACAGAUAAUAUUUCUGAGUAAGUGUUAUUUUAUUAUUUUUAGAGUAAUAAACUAAUUUCAAUUUUUAUUUUUUUAACUAAUCAGUGUAGUUAUGAAUGCUAUUUAAAAAAAAAAAACAAGAUUAAAGAUCUAAAAAAAUAUUAAAUACCUUUUGAUACAAGGUGGUGCCCAGAAGUGUGUUAAUUUGAUACAUUAUUCCAUAACAUUUUUAUUUUAUUCUGCACAAAUAUAAAUAAAGAGCUGAUACUGGGGAUGGGUGCUGCCACUGUUUUAGGUGGGUAGUGGGAAGGUGGGAUACUUAAAGUAUUCAACGAAAGUUCGGUUACACAUGGUUUGAAAGGACUUAAUAUUUAUAAUAUUCAUCAGUUUGAUUUUAACUUUUAUAAAAAAUAAUAAAAACACUACAUUAUACUAAUUUUUUUUUUUUUUUGGUUUAUAAUUAAUCUUCUAUCAAAUUUUCAAGAAUUUCUGUUGUCUAACAAUGUAUCCACAGAGUAUCUACCAAAUAAAAAUAUCAUAAACUCACAAAAUUUAAAUGUCUAUAAAUAGUUCAAAAAUUGCUCAAAUGUUCUGAAAGUUUAACAUUGUCUAGGAAAAAAAGAAUGUGAAUUUUCUGUCAACAUUUUAAGUCUAUUAAUAUUUUAAACUGAAUUACAUUAAAAAACAACAUUUUAAAAAGGUUUUCCUGGGUUUUUUUUUUUUUUACAUAUUUUUCAGUUUUGCUCAAUUUUUGAAAAAACUACACAAAUAAUCAAGAAACGACUUUCUUGAUUAUUAACAAGAUUAAAAUUUCAACAAAAAAUGUCUCUUGUUGUUUUUCUAUUGGAGCAAUAUUUAUAGUAGAAAAAAUAGGCUCUAUAAAUUUAAAAUUAUGAAAUCAUUGUGUCAGAAUUUGAAAAAAAUUUUAUAUUUUGUCCUUUUUGAUUUUCCCCAGUUAUUUUGAAUAAUUCUUUGGAUAUUGAAAAAACGGCUUGCGCUGUCAGUGGCAAAAUAUUAAAAGAAACAAAAUCGAUCUCUUUUCAUUUUUGAAUAGGAACAAUAUUUCUGGUAGGAAACAUGUAAACAUAAUAAAAAUAGUAACGCCAUGACACCAUAAAUAUUUGCUGUUUUACCUAUAAUUUUUUUUUUCGAAAAUCUAUUAGAAAAUCAAAAAAAUGACCACAAUGUACCAACUAGAAAAAUUACCUUUCAUAAAAGGUGUUAUAAUCUAUUAUACAUUAUUUGUUUAAGGUAUAUUUUUAUUCAUGACAACCAAAUGAACUAAUAAUAACUGUUUUUUUAUUUCUGCAAUUUUUAACAAUACAAUUUGCUGUAUCAAAAAUACCAAAAACCUUGUGUCCACUAUUCUUUAGAAGUUGAAUUAUGAAAAAUUGUUUCUUAGAAGUUACCUAUAUUGUAUAAGGACUUCAAUGCAAAAUUUCAAGUUUCUAUGCUUAGCAGUUUAGGCUGUAUGUUAAUAAUUGUCAGUUUCUUCUUUUAUAUUAUACAUAGAAUAGUACUUAUUUAUUUUAGAAACUAAUUAAUUAUUAAAUUAAAUUAUAUGUUUUAGGUUAACAAGAUACAAUUUUGUGACUUACCUUUUACCUGAAAUGAAAUCUAAACAUAGUAGCAGUUUAUUCAUGUUAUUUAAAACACUUAAUAAUCAAUCAAAAUUAGAUUUAUAUCUACAAGUAUCUGUAUUGAGAAUGAUUUAUAAUCAUAAUACUGAAGUGAACAAUUUUGCAGAAAUACUUGAUUUAUCCUUGAAAUCUGGCAAUACUAAGAUAAGAUCUGAAGCUUUUUCUAUUUUGUGUUGUUCAAAAAUCACACCAAACACAUUAAAUUCAAUUUAUAAUUUUAUCGUUGACAAUAUAAAUAGUGACUGUGCAACUUUAAGAAUAAAGCUCAUUUCUAGUUUAGAAUUAAUGCUACGCAAACAUAAAAUAACAAAUGAUUUAGUAUUACAAUUUAUAAACAGACUGUAUGUAUUUAUCAUAAAAAAUUUAGCACCUGGUUCAAAUUAUCAACGGAAAAUUACAUCUUUAAAAAUAUACUCAAUUAUACUGAGGUUUAAUAAGAAUCAAGAUUAUAUUUCAUAUUCUUGUAGAAAUUUACUUUUCAAAAAUUUAUUAGACUCUGAAGACAUAAGAAAAAAAUGUAGUGAAUUACUUGUAUCACAUUUUGUUAUUGUAAAAAAUGACAAACCAUAUCUAAAUAAUUGGAUGAAACUUGGUUUAAAUCUCUGUUAUGAUCCUUUAUUUUAUAAAAAUGAAAGCGGUUCAACUAUAAUAAAUACAAUAACCACAUUGAUUUAUAAAAGUGGGCUUACAAUAGACAUAUUAGACAUAAAUACUUCAUCCAUGUCUGCACAUAUAUUGAAUUUGGCACAAAAACAAUGUGUUAAACUAACAAAUAAUUUUGUUAGCAAUGUUACGAAUGGUACGCUAUAUGGUUUGUUAAGUACAUUAAAUCAUUUAUCUUUUGAAAAAAAUUCCCCAGAAUCAAACAUGUUAAACAAAAUUGAGAUUGAGACAAUGUUAAAUCUAAUUGAAAAUAAUUUAAAUCUAAUGUUGGAUACAUUGGCUUCUAGAAUGGAUGAUGAACGUAAAUAUAAAUAUAAUUUAUAAAAUAAAUAAUAUUAUAGGCAUAUCAGAUAUUGGUAUUUUAUAUUUUUAGAAAAAACUGAGGCGCCAUCUUUUGCUCAAAUGGAUAAUGCAUUGAGUAGCUUAAUUGAAUCAACUCAGGAUAAUGUCCAAAUACCAACAAAUCAAUUUCUUUUAAAUUUUAUUUGGAUAAAUAUAAAAGUAUGUGUAUCAUGAUAUAAGAGUUAUGAAAUUUGAUCAAUUUAACAUUAAAUAAUUGUUAUAGAUUUGUUGUGACAGCGCUUGUAAAUAUGCUGCAAUGUUAGCAAUCAAAGAUGUUACAGACAAACAAUAUCAAAAUUCUCAAAUAAAAAGAUGUGCUAACAUAACAGCAGAUGUGUUAAUUAGGUGUAGACAUAAGGGAGCAAUGGAAGCUACUUGUAGAUCAUUAGGGAUAUUAAUAAAGCAUUGGAAUGAAUCACAAAACUGGUGUGAAAAUAUAUUAACUGAUCAUAUUAGUUGUAUGAAACCCGAAAACGAAAUAUCCAGAAGAUCGGCUGGAGUAAGAUAUCUUAUACAUGCAAUUGUAACAAAUAAUAAGGUAAUUUUUUUUAUGUAAAAAUAAAAUAAUAUAUAAAUAUUAAAAACUACAGGUAUUUGAAAUUACUAAAUGAACUAAACUAGAUGAACUAGAAAGUGUUAAGUAAUAAAACAUUAAAUUUUAAAUUCUGAGCAAACCGAGGAAAGUAUUGUUUUUAUUAUAAUUUGUUUUUUUUCUUUGUAUAGAACUAUUCUACUUUUGCUCUAAUCAAAACAUGACAAGAUAUUUAUAUUAGUGUUUUCUAGAUGUAAAAUGUUCAAAGAAUUCUUGUAAUUUUAUAGUUAUUUAUAGGUAUUUGAUAUUUUAGAGGGGUUUUUUUUUGUUUUAUGGGUAUAAUUUUUUGGCUGAACAGUAAUGCAAUAACAAUUUAAUACGAGGUUCAUUAUGAGUUUAGUGUAAUAGUUUUUUUUUAUAAACGGUAUAUCUUCAAAUUUUAAACAUUACAGUAUUUCUAAACAUGUAUUACCUAACUUUGCUCAGAAUCAAAUUUUGUUAGCUAUAGUUUAUUGUUGCAUACAAAUAUAAAUUAAGUAACUAUAUAUCCUACCUUUACAAACUACACUCCUACAACAGUGACAUACCCAUUUCCAGUAUCAGUUCUUUUUCAUAAAAACGUACAUAUAUUAUACAACUAUUUAUUUUAAAUUUUAGAACACUGUUGAAAAUUGCAUUAAACAAUUGUUCAAUAUAGCAAAAGAAAAUAUUUGCAUUGGGACUGAUACAGUUAUUGAUUUACCACAAGCAAGAGCACUACACUUAUUAACUGCAAUUGUUUCAAAUGCAUCAAUCUCUACAGAUAGUAUAUAUCCUUUUAUGGAAGAUUUGAUUAUGCUUUGUAUUGAUAAAUUGAAUUCCCCUCUUUGGACUAUUAGGUAAGUAUAAAGGUUAUUGAAUAAAAUUAUUUUGAUUAUUGACCUAUAAAUAAAUUAUAACAAUCUAAACAAAUUUUUGCAGGAAUGCCGCUCUCCAAUUUUUCAGUUCACUACAAGUGAGGUUGAUAGGUCAAAAUCGUUUAAACAACACAUCUUGGUUAUCACAUUUACCAUUAGAACCUUUAUUAUAUCAUUUCCCUCAUUUGGUACAACGUUUACAGCUUUUAUGGUCUCAAACAAGCCAUCAAAUUUCAAGUCAAACUCGAUUAAUUCCAUUUAUGUCUCUUCUAAAGGGUGUCAAACUACAGUCAUGGACUUUGUUGCCCCCAGAAUAUCAAGAAAUUUUAAAAAGUCUUCGUUAUGAUAUGUGGUCUAUUGGUUUUGCUCUUGAAAUUUAUACUGUUAGAAAUAUGGCAGCCCAAGCUUAUGCAAAUACAAUACAAGUUAAUAAACUAUCAUCAACUUUGAAUAAAAUUAGCAAUGAAAUAAUAAAAUAUGAACGAGGAAUUGAUUUUCCAGAAUUUAAAGGUUUUAAUCAUUUACAUGGAUUGAUGUCGGUGUAUAGAUAUUUAAAAGAUGUAUAUUUUAUGGAAUUCAAUCAGCAAUAUGCUGUUUUUAAUAUUGUCCAUGAAAAUUUACCCCCAUUAUGUAAAUCAAUAUAUAUUUCACUAAAUCAUAAAGUAUUGGGCCCAAUUCCUUCAAAUUCAACCAUUGAUCAUAAUCACGUUAAACAUUUAAUAAUAGAAAAUAACAUAAUUCAAUCGUCAAACUUAUUAAUUUUGAUGGAAUAUUAUAUGAGCACCGACAAGCAUACUACUCUAAGUUUUCUAAAGUGUUUUAGAAAUUGCAAUAAAAGUAAUAAAAAUGUUUUAAUUAAUAGAUUUGUAAAUUUUCUUGAUACUAAUGACUUGGACAUAUUCAAAGAAAUUAUGGUAAAUAUUGAUGCACUGGUUAAUAGAAGCUUCGAAGAUGAUAUUAUAAUAAAGAUAGACAAUGAUUAUUUUUCUGCAAUAUUAAACAAAUGUGUAUCAUGCUCAGAAAAAGAAGUUAUUGCUAUGUUACCAGUACUCAGUUGGUUAUGUCCUAGUGAAGCACAAAAUAUUUUGUUGCCGCUUAUUUGUAAAUACAUUGAUUGUAAUGUAUAUGAUUCAUCCGAUAGGUUUAGAUCUUCAAAAUCUCUAUAUUACUUUACCAACUUGAAAAAUGAUAUCAGAUUAUGGAAUACAGUAAUAGAGCUAUUACAAGAUGAAGACACUGAUGUAAGAGUAGAAAUAACACGAUUUGUGAACCGCAUUUGUUACAACUGUUCAUCUACAUUAAAUCCUUACAUGUGUUUAAGAAAAAUGUUUGAAAUAGACACUGUAUGCUUAAUUGUAAACUCAAAGCUAGCAUUUACUUGUUUUUGGGACCUUUUGUUAUCCGAUAUCAAACUAAAAACUGAAAUAGAUGAAAUAAUUAAUCCAUUUUUUAAUGAACAAUCCAACGUAUAUCAAGAACAAUCAAACAUCAUGAAAUUGGCUUACGAAGGUCUGAAAUAUUUGAUACAUUUAAAUGAUAAUAUUAAUUUUUAUAGAGAAUUAGUAGAAAAGUGUCUAAAUACAUUAAUAAAUGAAUGCCAAUUUAAAGGAACAUUUAUUGAUUUAGAUUUAAUGAUUUUAGAUAUGUAUUCUAGUUUAUAUUUCUUAAAGUUAUAUUACAAAAGAGAAAUUUUAGUAUUAUUGAACUUAAAAAAACAUUUGCAUAUAUUUUUACCAAUAUUAGAACUUAUGUAUUUACCUAAAGAAAUUCAAAGCCUAACCAUUUAG